AUGGAGCGGCACAGGCAGAUCGCCUUUGCCGACCGGGUCCUCCUGAACAAGGUCGACCUGGUGACGGAUGAGGAGGCCGUCGAGGUGUGGCAUCGCAUACGUUCGUACAACGACUCCGCGAAGAUAGUUGCCUCCGUCAAGGGCGUCGUGCCGGCUUCCGACCUGACUGGCCUGUCCGCAUUCGACCCGGAUUCCAUAGCAUUCGAGCAGGAGGAGCUCGGCGGGCAUGAGAGCGGCCACGGUGGUGCCCACAGCCACGGCGGCCACGAGGACUGUUACGAGGACCAUGGCCAUGGUGGGCACGAGGGGCACGGCGGGGGCCACGGUGACGGGCACGGCGCGGGCCAUGUUGCAGGCCAUGGUCAUGGUCUCAGCCAGAGGCACGACGAAGAGAUUGGCAGCUUCAGCAUCGUGCGCAGAGGCGUGGAGGUCGAGCCACUGGCGUUUGCGAGGUGGGUCCGUGUUCUGGCAACUCUGCCCGAAGACAAGGGCAGGGUUUAUCGAUCCAAAGGGGUCCUGGCCGCCAUGGGAAAGCAGUCGAAGCUGAUCUUCCACGCCGUCGCGGACGUCACCGAGACGUCGGACGGGCCGUGCUGGCGGGAGAACGAGCCCCGCCUUUGCAAGAUCGUAUUCAUUGGCAAGAAGCUUGCCCGUAAAGAGAUCGAAGAGAGGUUCUUGCAGCUGCUCCAGCCCGUAGGGAAGCGGAUCAGACCCGCAUUGGCAGCGCCCGUGAUGCCCGAGAGGAAGACGCUCUUGGGGUUGGCGCAGGGCGGAAUGCUGCAUCAUGCGCUGCUGGGCUGCUGGUCCAAGGACGUCAUCCGAGUGUCUCAGGCCUGCGCAGGCUUGAGGGACGCCAUCUUCUCCCCGAACGGCCACACGUUCUUCCAGGCGGCGGCGUCCACGCUGCCCGAGGGAGCCCCGCGCGGGCUGCAGACUGUGGAAGGGGCCCUUUGGCUGCACUCUCUGCUACCUCUAACGAGCAUCAAGGCCUACGCCCAGGCCUGGCGUGGUGCGAGGAUCAAGCUGAACACGGCCUGCACGGUGGCGGAUAUGUGGGGCGAGCCCUUGCGCUUCGACGACGGCGCUGAUGCGGAGGCCGCCGGGGUGAUGUGGCAAGAGGUCUGCGAGUUGUCGAAGGGCUCCGACGAUGCAACCUGCAAUUUCCUGAUCGAGUUCAAGUGGCGUCCAGAGACCAUGAAGUCGUUCUUCGACGUGGCCGGCAGUGGCACCAACUCGACCUUGGUCAAGAUCACCGUGGAGGAUCCGAGCGACUCGGAACUCGACGACGACUUACGCUUCAGGGUGAAUUUAAAUCCGGAGCAGAGCGAGGACGCGGCAGCGAUGUCGUUGCACCGAUUGUCUCUCCAGCUAGUGGGGGGCAAGACGUCGAAUCACGUGUACCAGAUAUUGAUGUGCAUUCCCUCGGCAGAUAACAAUGGGCCUGGCAAGCCACUGGUCGCGACACGCCGCGGCGGCGUUUUUUUCCACACCGUGGACCCCGCAUACCAGGUCCACAUCAACGUGCCGGAUCACCGCACGCCCAUCUUUCCAACGAAGGAGGUGUUCCACCAGUGGCACCCGCUCAUGGCCGGCCUGAAGCGGCGCCCGCGGCUUCGGUUCCUGCUCCGCCUGAAGUCGAUGGAGAGCGGCCCCCUGGACGCCAUGUGCGGCUGCUGCGGCUGA